AUGGGUGAAAUGAAAAAUUUAAAGCCACAGUUAUAUAUUGUAUUUGCCCUGACAAUAGUUACUACUUUGGUCGGCCAUGGAGAAUCAGAAAUGUUUAAUGAACACUGUAAUGAGGAAAGCAACUCUACCUGGACAUGUAACUAUAUUCCAAAGGCUGUACCCGAGAAGUAUGUGCAUAUUCGUAUUGUAGACUUUAAGCGAAAGGACAAAAGUGUUAUACUUAACAGUUCGAGUUUUGCUGAUGGGAGCUGGUCAAAAGUUCAAACCUUGGAGUUCAAUGACACAACUGGAAGGGAUUUGACAUGCAUUUUUUCAAGAGAAUGUUUUAAAGGAUUAACAUCAUUGAAAGAAUUAAGAUUUCAUAUGUACUAUUUCUUAUUGCAACGCGGUGUGUUCAUUGGAUUACCAUCAGUUCACUCCUUAGAUAUGAGCAAGUGUUACCGUCUUGUUUUAGAGGAUAUAGCCGAACAACUUAAAGUGCCCAACACACUACCUAGUUUACAGAAACUGUAUCUGUCCGAAGUUGGCGCAUUUCUCAAAGGUAACGAAAUAAGUCUUUCAGUCGUGGAAGCUCUUUCUCUGAGAAACAUAACAUUUCUAGAUAUCAGCAACAUUCAAAUAUCAUUUGUUAAUGCGACGGCGGUAUUUAAACUUUUGAAAUCACUAGAGUAUUUAAAUGUAUCAUAUUCAACAAUCGCAGACACAUGGGGUAAAGAUAUUACACAGGAAGAUAUGUCACAUCUGAAAGUGUUUGACAUAAGUCACACUACGUUACCGUCAAAAUUGAUUCGUAUUUUCCCAGGAAAGUAUGUCAUUGCAAACUCAACAGCCAAUUAUUCCAAUCUCAAUCUGAGGGAUUUAGAUAUGGUGAAAAGUGUAUUUACCCCCCUAGUCAUAAAUGCAAGUGACAUUAUUCCUUCUGCGUCGUCAGCAUGGAUUUAUAACAGUACUAUCAUAAUUGAUGAAGAAUUAAACUGGAAAGUAAAGCAGUUGAUCUUUAGACAGAACAAUCUAAGAUACAGUGAUCUUCUUGUAAAAUGUCCACUAUUUAAAUUCACAUCACUUGCUCAUCUGGACUUGUCAGAUAAUAAACUACAAAUGCUUCAUCCAACGACGUGUAUGCCAAAAUUAGAAUCAUUUGACUUAUCUCAUAACGAUUUGUUCCGGAUGCUAGAUAAUAAACCAGAUCUGUUUGAAGUAUUGUUUUCUGCAUACACUAAACUACGAGUCAUUAACCUGUCUAACAAUGGACUUCCUAUGGUACCUCCAAAAUUAUUCAAAAACAGUAAAGAUAUUGAAAUCAUUGAUCUCUCUUACAACAAGCUUGAGCAAUUACACCUCGAUCUAAUGGACUUACAUCAUCUCCGUGUUCUCGAUGUGAGCAAUAACAUGAUAAAGAUACUGGAUGAAGUGUCCAUCAAAGAUUUAAACGAAAUUCCAUGUGCAAAGUUACUGACGUCUGGAGAAAACCAAUGUUCAGUCGUCUUCACAUCAAACCCAAUCACAUGUUCAACCUGUGAUAGUAAGCCUUUCAUCGAAUGGCUUUCUAACACAAGGAAUGUCAACACGAAAGCACAAAGUCUCUCUUGCACUAAUGAAGAUGGUUUGACUGUAAACAUUGACGAAUCAGUUACAAGAAAAGUUAAAAAUAUUUGUUAUCGAAGAAAGAUUAUUAUUGUGUCGAGUGUUUCUACAGGUGUAACGUUGUUGACAAUUACUAUGGUUGUGUCAUUUGUUUACAGAAGAAAACAAAAGAUCCACAAAAAGCGAAAAAGGGAGAAUAUAGUAAACAAGCUAAUCGAAGGUGAAGGACAAUUCGAAUUUGUAGUUUUUCUGUCGUACAGCAGUAGAGAUGAUCAAUUUGUACAAGAAAACGUAAUUGAUCACCUCAGUGAGAGUCUUCAAUUGAUGACCGGGAUAGAUAGGAAUCUUGUCUGCACGGGAGACCAGCAUUUACGCCCUGGCUUCAUGGUACAUGAUGAGACCAUAAAAUGCUUAGACAGAGCUUCAGUUAUCAUAAUUGUCGUGUCAAAUAACUACUGCCGUAGUGCAUAUUGUCAAAAUGAGUUUGACCAGGCCUAUAUACAGAGAAAGCCAAUAGUUCUGAUGUUGAUUGAACAUGUGGAGGAGGAACUAAUGAUGCCUACACUGAGGCAACUAUACAAGAGGGAUGUUCGGAUAUUGUGGACAGUUGAGAAUGGACAAUAUGUACUGAAGACUACAUGGGAAAAUGUGUGUAGAUCAGUUCUGGAAAAAGUUCAAGUUUAG